AUGGAAACGAGUUCGACUCCAAGAAAAUCUUUUGGUGUCAAUUAUGCUCAACAACAAAUACGCCAAAAUUUGAACAACUUCCCUGAAUAUUCAAAUACGAACGACCCUUACCCAAGUUCACCUCCGAGACCAAGACACCAUGGGAUACUUGCUAUGAUUGCAAUUUUAGAUCUAAUUACAAUUUUCGCAUGCGCUCUGUUCUCGAUGCGUAAAGCUUGGAAUGAUUCUGACCAAUGGGAUUGGAACAAAGUUUCAUGGGACUUGGUUAGUUUCGGGAUAUUUCGGAUAAUUGUGGCACUAGGUGUGGCUUUCUCUAUUUGGAUCAGGGACCUGGGUUGGAUGUUGGGCGUUGCAUGCGGGGCUUCCACAUUGAACAUAAUUUUUAAGGCCAAUUUUUUAGUUCAAUCUAAACAUUCUCCCGUAGGAUUUCUCCCCGUUUUUCUCUUAAUUUCUUUUUUCUUCUCUCAAAUAUACUGGAUCGCUUUCAUUUUAAUAACAACAAAUAGGAAACGACAAACGUAUUCUUUACAAGAUAAUAAUAUUUAUUUUGAGGAACAAGUAGAAUAUAAUCAAUCUAGCCCUUUAAAUACUCUUCGUAGAGGAAUAACAUCAAAGUCAAAUACGCGAACUUAUGGUGCCGCUCUGCACGCUAGUGAUGAUAUUGACGUUUUAGUAAAUGACGGUGUAAUAACUAAUUCAGCAAUCGACAUUUUAACAGUUAAACAAGGUUAUAAUAUUGUUAGAAUAGCUAAUACUUCUAGUGUGACACCAACAUUUCCUAAGGCCGCAUCAUUACCGAUCCCGAUUGCAUUAUCUGUUGCAAAUUCAGAAGGAAGUGCAAAAUCGUUAAAGAGGGUUAAGAGAAAAAUGAAAUUAAAAGAUAGUGAACUUCCUUUACAUAACCGUAAGAGUAGAGACAUUACGGAAGAAGUUCAAGUUGAUGAACUAUUAAAUGAACAAAAAAAUGAUGUUAAUAACAACGGAGGUACUUCCAAAACAUUACCAAUUAAUAUUAAAUCUGAUAAUGACGAUGAUCAUUUAUUAUUGAAUGAUGAUUACGAUUAUGAAGGAUUGUUCGUAACUUCCAUCGGACGCGGUGGUAGCGUUAGGGAUCGAGAGAGUGUAUAUUUUCAACCACCAAAAGAAGAUUUUCUUGAUUUUAGAUUAUCUGCUUUAAAUGAUGAAUCCGAUGAUGAAAACAAUAGAAAUGUUGCAACAAGGGUUAGUGAUGAUUCUUCAGAUUCGAAUGAUGAAUUCUCUCCGAAGAGACGUGAAAAAUCUACCGCAUUUAUUGAAAUUAAUUCCAAUAAUAAAAAGGCUUCGACUUCACAUGAAAAAGCUUAUGCCCUACGUAAAUAUCCAAGUGAAGGUUUAGGUGAUGAAGAGGAUGGUGAUUUUAAUUUUUCGAGGAAUGGUGGUGAUUUCGUUGGGAGUGCACCAGUUGGUAAUGGGAGAUGGUCUACUUUGAAGAGGAAAAAGAUUGUUAAUAAUCGAUUUAAUGAAAAUAUUAAUGUUUUGAAUAUUGAUGAAAAAGAAAAUGAUAUUUCAAAAAAGACUUCAAGUCAGGAUCAGACUUUGAAAGAAAUUUCUAAACCUUCUGAACCAAUAGAAAUUAUUCAUGAUAAAAAUUCUAAAGAGAAUAUUAAUUAUAGGCCUGUUAUGUCCUCUAAUACUAGUUUAUUGACCGCCGCAUUUAGUUCUGAAUUAUUUCAAAAUAAUUCUAAUAUUGAAUCAUCUAAGAAAUCCGAGUUACCUGAAAAGCAAAAUGGACAAUCAUGUAAAACAAAUAAUUUUGAAUCACCUCCAAACCAUAAUAUUUCCAUUUCAUCCCCAGUAAUUAAUUUUACACCAAAAUCAUCUUCGCCUUUGGCUUCUCGUGUUCCAAUUUUAGCCAAAACUGAAAAAGAAAUUGAAGACAACGAAUCAACACAAGUUAAUAAUGAGACAAAAUCAAAUAUUUUUGAUAAGAAAAUUAGUCUUCCACCACCUCCUUUAUUGCCUAAUUCAUCAGAAAUUGCCGACGUCUUGUUAUCUCCUAUAGCAGAAGAAUCAAAUCCAUUAUUAUUAAAAAGAAAUAAAGAUCUUUCGCAUACAAUUUUUACGAGGAAUUUUAAUUUAGCAGUAAGAAAAUCAUGGAAUAAUGAAUUUAAUGAAGCAGAAAAAAUAUUUAAUCAGUUUAAAGAUGUUGUACCAAGGUGGAACGUUGCUUAUGCUGAAAUGCAAUUGAUUAAGAAUUUCAUGACAGGUCAAUCAUUAGAUAAGGAAGAUCCAGAAUUAACCAACGCUCUCAUAGAAGCUGAAAAGUUGGCGAUAAAAGUUUGUGAAAACAAGGAUGAUUUUGUAAGAUAUUUUUAUAACUUUGAAACAAAUAUAUGGAAGGUAUAUAUUAAACCAAAUAGCAAUCCAACGGAAGAUGAAGCGAGUUAUGCGUCAUUACGUGCAAAUUAUCGAUGGGAUUGUGAAUUAGCAAUGGCAGAUAUUCUUCUUUUCCAUGCAGUUUUACAAGUUGUAGGAGGAAGCGAAAUUAAAGGGGCAUUAAAUUUACGUAAAGUAUGGAAAACUUAUUCAAAAGUUCGUGAUGAAAUCGAUAAGAUUAAAGGAGAUUCAGGAAAGCAUGAUAAUCAUAAAAAUGAACCUAGUAGUUCAAGCAGUAGAUGGAGUCUUGGAGGUGCGAUAUUAGGAAGAAGAGGAAGUAUAAGUAAUAUGGUUGGAUUUGGUGGAACCAAAAAUCAUCAUCAGGAUGGAUCAAGUGCUACAAUUGAUGGAAUUAAUAAUGUAGAAAUAUAUCCUGACAUUGAAGAUUGUUUAGAAUUUGGAAUUGGAGUCUUUUAUUUUCUCGUUUCAAUUGUUCCUGGCUCGUUCCAAUCAAUAUUAAAAGCAAUUGGAUUUAUUGCUGAAAGAGAGAAAGGCAUCCAAAUGUUAGAAAAUUGUCGUUUACGUGAUGGAGUUAGAGCACCUUUUGCUGCAUUAUUCCUUCUUGCGAAUUAUUUGUUCCUUUCGCGAGGACUUGCCGAUCCAACCCCCUCAUUAAGCAAAGCGGGUAUAAUUGUACAAGAUUGUGUUAGAAAAUAUCCAAAAAGUUCACCAUUCUUAUUUAUGGCAUGUCAACAAGCAAGGAAAACUGGACAGAUAAAAGAAGCCAUCAAAUAUAUAACAGAUGGAAUAAGUAAUAGUGAAAAGAUUGGAAUUACAAGCACAAAUUAUAGAUUUGAAAAAGGAAUGACAUAUUUAAUAAAUCUUGAUUUUUCAGCAGCAAAAGAUAUAUUUGAAUUAUUAUUUUAUGGUAAUACUAUAGUAUUUACAGGUAAAAAUGGAUCCAUAAGAUUACAAGGAUCAAUUCAUGGAUCGCGUCACGGAUCUUCACGUUUACUUGCACGAGAAGGAAGUACAAAGAAAGAUAAUUCAUUAUUACAAUUUUUUGAAUUUGAAUUAAGACCUUUUUGCGGAUUAUGUUUAGCCGGAUGUUACCUUAUGCUUAAAUCAGGUCAACUAGCAGUGAAAGAAGCUUUAGAUGUUCUUAAACAAACAAAGGCUAUGACAAAUCAAAUUAGCGAAAGUAGUAGUAAUAGUGUAGCAAAUAGUAUUGGAUUGUUGGGUACAAGUGCAAGUGGAUUGGUUGGUUUUGGAGUAGGAGGAAACAAUUCUUCGGAUAAAAAAGAACAAAAAGCCAAUCGGUAUAAUAAAUUUGCUGGACGUCAUUCGGCCCAAUAUGUAGAAAAGAAUUCGGUUUCUCCAUUUUUAUUAUUCAUUUUAUUAUAUCUAAGAAGAGAUCUUUUUUAUAUGUCUUUGGAAUUAAAAAAGAGAUGGGCGAAUUUAUUAGAAUCUAUUUGGAAGAAUAUUAAGGAACCCAUCGAUCCAGAUAUAAGUGCUGUCUAUUUACUUAUUCGGGGAGUCUUUGAAAAAUUCUUAAAUAUCGAUGAUCCUACAAUAGCACAAAAAUCACUUUGUGAAUGUUUAGCGAUGGAAACAGGCAUAGUCACAGAAACAUGGGUAAUUCCACAUUGUAGAUAUGAGCUUGGAGAAUUAUUUUAUAAGCAAUUCGGUAAUCAAGAAGCGGCAAUGGAACAAUUUAGAUGGGUCUUAAAAGGACCAAGGCCCAUAUCACGUGGUGGUUUAAUACCUCGUAGAGAUAGUAGUUUAAGUUUAGCAUCAUUAGCUUCUAGAUCAUCAACUGAUUCUAAUGCAUCGAGUAUGCUUAAUAAUCCCGAUAGGUUUAAGAAAUAUGAAUUUAUCAAAGUUCUCAAACAUCGUUGUACUGUUGCAACUGAUCAAAUCAGACUAAAUGCUAUACAGCCUACAAGCACUGUUGAUGAUAGCAAAGUAGAACAACCACAAUCCACAAGUUUUUCUCAUAGUCGAAAGAAAUCUGGUUCAACUUCAAGUUUAUUAAAAGAAAUACAAGAGCAGUCUCUAUUACAAAAGAAACAGCAGAAAGCCACACCACAUCAAAAAUCAUCUUCAGAAAAUACAUUCGUUAAAAGACAUAAACCAAGAUCAAUGAGUAUGCCUCAGCAAGAUAUUAGUGAAGAAUGUAGAAAUAAUAAUGGUGGAGGUUCUAAUAGUAAUAAAAGCGGAUUUAAGAGCAUUGAAGAAGUAGAAGUUGCACCACCAAAGAAAGGAGAAGUUCGUGUAAAGAUAUUGGCAACUGGAGUUUGUCAUACAGACGCGUAUACUCUAUCAGGCAAAGGUACGAUAAAGGUCAAGUCUAAAGUUAUACCAAACCGAUCUAUUCCUGAACUUUUUAGUUGUUUUACAGAUCCUGAAGGAAAAUUGUGGCCAACAAUUUUUGGCCAUGAAGGAGGUGGUAUUGUAGAAUCAAUUGGAGAAGACGUUACUUCAGUCCAACCUGGGGAUCAUGUGAUUCCAUUAUAUAUUCCCGAAUGUCGCGAAUGCAAAUUUUGUAAAAGCGGAAAAACCAAUUUAUGUUCUUUGGUUAGAUCUACUCAGGGAAGAGGAGUGAUGCCAGAUGAAACAACUAGAUUUACUUGUAAAGGGCAGAAAGUAUACCAUUAUAUGGGUUGUUCUACAUUUAGUCAAUACACAGUCUUGUUGGAAAUUUCGGUCGCAAAGAUUAAUCCUAAAGCCCCACUCGAUAAGAUUUGUUUACUAGGAUGCGGUAUUACAACAGGUUAUGGAGCGGCUACAAAAACUGCCAACGUCCAACCUGGAUCUACAGUGGCAGUAUUUGGUUGUGGUGGAGUUGGUCUAGCCGUAAUCCAAGGUGCUGCAGCUCGUAAAGCAAGUCGAAUUUUUGCUAUUGAUACCAAUCCAAAGAAAUUUGAGUUUGCCAAGAAAUUGGGAGCGACCGAUCUUAUUAAUCCCAAUGAUUGUGAUAAACCGAUUCAACAGGUUUUAGUUGAAAAGACGGAUGGAGGAUUGGAUUAUACAUUUGAUUGUACAGGAAAUACAAACGUAAUGAGAGCAGCACUUGAAUCAUGUCAUAAAGGAUGGGGAGAAUCAAUUAUUAUUGGAGUCGCUGGUGCAAAUGAAGAAAUUAAUACUCGACCCUUUCAACUUAUAACCGGUAGAGUAUGGAAAGGGAGUGCAUUUGGUGGUGUAAAGGGAAGAAGCGAGCUACCAAAUUUAGUUGAAGAUUAUCUUGACAAGAAACUAGAAGUGGAUAUGUUUGUUACUCAUCAAUAUAAAUUGGAAGAUAUCAAUAAAGCUUUUGAUAAUAUACAUUCCGGUGAAAGGUAG